CGAAAAUUAUUCCGUAAUUGAUUUAUUGUUGUGAGAUAAGUCUGAAUGUACUUACGCUUCGUGUGCGUGAAUAAUGUAAAAGAGUGGGAUUUCGUUUGACGCACGUUCGUUAUGGAAAUAUUUAGUCGUAUAUUUAAAAAUGAACAAUUAAAAUUUGUAAUGUACGACUUCUGCAGAGAUUCAUACUGUUGUCAUUAGAUUUUUCUCUUUUGUUAAAAUCAAUGCUAAUCGUUUUUAAAUUCAUUUCAUGUUACGUAAGCCCCCUAGAUGCAAACGUUACUGUUAAACGUAUAUUUGGUAUGCGAAAAUAAUAUGUACAAUAGGGAUUACUUGAUCACGGUACUGUGACUCAUUACGGAAAUAGCAAUAAAUCUGUUAAAAAACUAAAAAUUUCAUGGGAGGGUUAAACAAGCCAGAUAAGACAAUGUCUCCAGGUACAUAAUAGUAUAUAAGAGAGUAUUCAUUCUCAGUUCAAAGUAAAGUGAACUGAAUAAUUAUAGUGAACCGUAAUAAUCAUUUAGAGUGAUCAUAAAUGACUGAGUGAAGUGUAAAAUUUUGUCAUUAUGAAAGUUUUCAGUGUUUGUAUCGUUGUGCUUUUGAUUGGUACAACGAUCGCCGCGCCCACGUGGGAUUCUAUAAAAAAACAAUUAUCUAAAUUGAAAGAUCAUUAUGAAAAUGAAAGCGAUGAAUCGGUUAAUUACGGUGACGAGGUUAAGAAAAUCUUGAAAGAUAAAUAUGACGAUAUUUCGCGAAUCAUCAAGGCUGCAAAAUUGGAAAACAGUCUUCAGGAUUCUGAUUCUCAAGAAAAUGAUUCUUCGGAAUGGAAGGAUAUCAUUAAAAAAGCAAAGAAACAAUUGAAAAAACUGUAUGACCAUGAGAACUCUAUUGAAGAUCAAGAUAGUGAAGAAUCUCAGGAGACGGACUCACAAGAGUCGAAGGAACUUGAAAACUCUGCGAAGAAUGACAUAUCUGUAGAAGAAACACCUAAGGCUGUUUCGGUACUUCUAGCCAGUUUGCAUGGAAAAAAUUCCGCAGCUCCGUCUACUGGUGGAAUUGCGUCUAACAGACCUUCAUCACUGGCUGCAAUUGCAUCUAACACCGGAACUGCAAUUAACGUAGGAUCCUCACUAAGUGCAGUUAUAGAUAACGUAGGAACAUCAUCUAACAAAGACCCCACAUUAACCGCAGUUGCAUCAAAGGCCGGAAUUACAAUUAACGCAGGUUCCUCAUCCAGCGUAGUUGUACCAAACAGAAGUACUUCAGUUGAUGUCACAGUAUCCACAUCAAAUGCCGUUCCAUCCAACAUAGCAACUAUCCCAUCUGAUACUAUUACAUCAGGCGUCAUCGCACCCGUAGUUUCUGCUGGCAAUACUGGAAUAAACGCCGUAUCUACCUCCAACAUUAUCGUCUCUGACGCCGCAACUUCCACAUCUAACAAUGUUGUAUCUAACCUCGCUGCACCUGAGGCCGUUGCAUCGACUGACAACACUGCAACAAAUACAGCAUCUAUAUCCAAAGUCGACGCACCGAACACCGCAGUUUCCACAUCUGACGCCGCUGCUGCAACGUCUAACGUAGUUGUGCCUAACGCCGUACCUUCCACGUCUGACGUCGUUACAUCUGACGCCGCUGCUGCAAUAUCAAACGUCGUUGUGCCUGCUGCCGCAGCUUCCACGUCCGACGUCAUUGCUUCUGACGUCGCUUCAUCAGCGGACAGCACUGUUGCAGCUGCUGUAUCUACCUCCAACGUCGUGGCAUCUAACGCCGCCGCUGCAACAUCUAACGUUGUUGUGCCUGCUACCGCAGCUUCCACGUCCGACGUCGUUGCUUCUGACAUCGCAACAUCAGUAGAUAACGCUGUGGCAGAUGUUGUAUCUACCUCCAACGUCGUCGCAUCUGACGCCGCUGCUUCCACAUCUAACGUCGUUGCACCUGACGCCGCAGCUUCUACAUCUGACGUCGUUGCACCUGACGCCGCAGCUUCCACGUCUGACGUCGUUGCUUCUGACGUCGCUGCAUCAGUGGAUAGCACUGUGGCAGAUGCUGUAUCUGCCUCCAACGUCGUCGUAUCUGACGCCGCAGCUUCCACGUCUGACGUCGUUGCUUCUGAUGUCGGUGCAUCAGUUGAUAGCACUGUGGCAGAUGCUGUAUCUGCCUCCAACGUCGUCGUAUCUGACGCCGCAGCUUCCACGUCUGACGUCGUUGCUUCUGAUGUCGGUGCAUCAGUUGAUAGCACUGUGGCAGAUGCUGUAUCUGCCUCCAACGUCGUCGUAUCUGACGCCGCAGCUUCCACGUCUGACGUCGUUGCUUCUGAUGUCGGUGCAUCAGUUGAUAGCACUGUGGCAGAUGCUGUAUCUGCCUCCAACGUCGUCGUAUCUGACGCCGCAGCUUCCACGUCUGACGUCGUUGCUUCUGAUGUCGGUGCAUCAGUUGAUAGCACUGUGGCAGAUGCUGUAUCUGCCUCCAACGUCGUCGUAUCUGACGCCGCAGCUUCCACGUCUGACGUCGUUGCUUCUGAUGUCGGUGCAUCAGUUGAUAGCACUGUGGCAGAUGCUGUAUCUGCCUCCAACGUCGUCGUAUCUGACGCCGCAGCUUCCACGUCUGACGUCGUUGCUUCUGAUGUCGGUGCAUCAGUUGAUAGCACUGUGGCAGAUGCUGUAUCUGCCUCCAACGUCGUCGUAUCUGACGCCGCAGCUUCCACGUCUGACGUCGUUGCUUCUGAUGUCGGUGCAUCAGUUGAUAGCACUGUGGCAGAUGCUGUAUCUGCCUCCAACGUCGUCGUAUCUGACGCCGCAGCUUCCACGUCUGACGUCGUUGCUUCUGAUGUCGGUGCAUCAGUUGAUAGCACUGUGGCAGAUGCUGUAUCUGCCUCCAACGUCGUCGUAUCUGACGCCGCAGCUUCCACGUCUGACGUCGUUGCUUCUGAUGUCGGUGCAUCAGUUGAUAGCACUGUGGCAGAUGCUGUAUCUGCCUCCAACGUCGUCGUAUCUGACGCCGCAGCUUCCACGUCUGACGUCGUUGCUUCUGAUGUCGGUGCAUCAGUUGAUAGCACUGUGGCAGAUGCUGUAUCUGCCUCCAACGUCGUCGUAUCUGACGCCGCAGCUUCCACGUCUGACGUCGUUGCUUCUGAUGUCGGUGCAUCAGUUGAUAGCACUGUGGCAGAUGCUGUAUCUGCCUCCAACGUCGUCGUAUCUGACGCCGCAGCUUCCACGUCUGACGUCGUUGCUUCUGAUGUCGGUGCAUCAGUUGAUAGCACUGUGGCAGAUGCUGUAUCUGCCUCCAACGUCGUCGUAUCUGACGCCGCAGCUUCCACGUCUGACGUCGUUGCUUCUGAUGUCGGUGCAUCAGUUGAUAGCACUGUGGCAGAUGCUGUAUCUGCCUCCAACGUCGUCGUAUCUGACGCCGCAGCUUCCACGUCUGACGUCGUUGCUUCUGAUGUCGGUGCAUCAGUUGAUAGCACUGUGGCAGAUGCUGUAUCUGCCUCCAACGUCGUCGUAUCUGACGCCGCAGCUUCCACGUCUGACGUCGUUGCUUCUGAUGUCGGUGCAUCAGUUGAUAGCACUGUGGCAGAUGCUGUAUCUGCCUCCAACGUCGUCGUAUCUGACGCCGCAGCUUCCACGUCUGACGUCGUUGCUUCUGAUGUCGGUGCAUCAGUUGAUAGCACUGUGGCAGAUGCUGUAUCUGCCUCCAACGUCGUCGUAUCUGACGCCGCAGCUUCCACGUCUGACGUCGUUGCUUCUGAUGUCGGUGCAUCAGUUGAUAGCACUGUGGCAGAUGCUGUAUCUGCCUCCAACGUCGUCGUAUCUGACGCCGCAGCUUCCACGUCUGACGUCGUUGCUUCUGAUGUCGGUGCAUCAGUUGAUAGCACUGUGGCAGAUGCUGUAUCUGCCUCCAACGUCGUCGUAUCUGACGCCGCAGCUUCCACGUCUGACGUCGUUGCUUCUGAUGUCGGUGCAUCAGUUGAUAGCACUGUGGCAGAUGCUGUAUCUGCCUCCAACGUCGUCGUAUCUGACGCCGCAGCUUCCACGUCUGACGUCGUUGCUUCUGAUGUCGGUGCAUCAGUUGAUAGCACUGUGGCAGAUGCUGUAUCUGCCUCCAACGUCGUCGUAUCUGACGCCGCAGCUUCCACGUCUGACGUCGUUGCUUCUGAUGUCGGUGCAUCAGUUGAUAGCACUGUGGCAGAUGCUGUAUCUGCCUCCAACGUCGUCGUAUCUGACGCCGCAGCUUCCACGUCUGACGUCGUUGCUUCUGAUGUCGGUGCAUCAGUUGAUAGCACUGUGGCAGAUGCUGUAUCUGCCUCCAACGUCGUCGUAUCUGACGCCGCAGCUUCCACGUCUGACGUCGUUGCUUCUGAUGUCGGUGCAUCAGUUGAUAGCACUGUGGCAGAUGCUGUAUCUGCAUCCAACGUCGUCGUAUCUGACGCUGCAGCUUCCACGUCCGACGUUGUUGCUUCUGACAUCGCAACAUCAGUAGAUAACGCUGUGGCAGAUGUUGUAUCUACCUCCAACGUCGUCGCAUCUGACGCCGCUGCUUCCACAUCUAACGUCGUUGCACCUGACGCCGCAGCUUCUACAUCUGACGUCGUUGCACCUGACGCCGCAGCUUCCACGUCUGACGUCGUUGCUUCUGACGUCGCUACAUCAGUGGAUAGCACUGUGGCAGAUGCUGUAUCUGCCUCCAACGUCGUCGUAUCUGACGCCGCAGCUUCCACGUCCGACGUUGUUGCUUCUGACAUCGCAACAUCAGUAGAUAACGCUGUGGCAGAUGUUGUAUCUCCCUCCAACGUCGUCGCAUCUGACGCCGCUGCUUCCACAUCUGACGUCGUUGCACCUGACGCCGCAGCUUCCACGUCCGACGUUGUUGCUUCUGACAUCGCAACAUCAGUAGAUAACGCUGUGGCAGAUGUUGUAUCUCCCUCCAACGUCGUCGCAUCUGACGCCGCUGCUUCCACAUCUAACGUCGUUGCACCUGACGCCGCAGCUUCUACAUCUGACGUCGUUGCACCUGACGCCGCAGCUUCCACGUCCGACGUUGUUGCUUCUGACAUCGCAACAUCAGUAGAUAACGCUGUGGCAGAUGUUGUAUCUCCCUCCAACGUCGUCGCAUCUGACGCCGCUGCUUCCACAUCUAACGUCGUUGCACCUGACGCCGCAGCUUCUACAUCUGACGUCGUUGCACCUGACGCCGCAGCUUCCACGUCCGACGUUGUUGCUUCUGACAUCGCAACAUCAGUAGAUAACGCUGUGGCAGAUGUUGUAUCUCCCUCCAACGUCGUCGCAUCUGACGCCGCUGCUUCCACAUCUAACGUCGUUGCACCUGACGCCGCAGCUUCUACAUCUGACGUCGUUGCACCUGACGCCGCAGCUUCCACGUCCGACGUUGUUGCUUCUGACAUCGCAACAUCAGUAGAUAACGCUGUGGCAGAUGUUGUAUCUCCCUCCAACGUCGUCGCAUCUGACGCCGCUGCUUCCACAUCUAACGUCGUUGCACCUGACGCCGCAGCUUCUACAUCUGACGUCGUUGCACCUGACGCCGCAGCUUCCACGUCCGACGUUGUUGCUUCUGACAUCGCAACAUCAGUAGAUAACGCUGUGGCAGAUGUUGUAUCUCCCUCCAACGUCGUCGCAUCUGACGCCGCUGCUUCCACAUCUAACGUCGUUGCACCUGACGCCGCAGCUUCUACAUCUGACGUCGUUGCACCUGACGCCGCAGCUUCCACGUCCGACGUUGUUGCUUCUGACAUCGCAACAUCAGUAGAUAACGCUGUGGCAGAUGUUGUAUCUCCCUCCAACGUCGUCGCAUCUGACGCCGCUGCUUCCACAUCUAACGUCGUUGCACCUGACGCCGCAGCUUCUACAUCUGACGUCGUUGCACCUGACGCCGCAGCUUCCACGUCCGACGUUGUUGCUUCUGACAUCGCAACAUCAGUAGAUAACGCUGUGGCAGAUGUUGUAUCUCCCUCCAACGUCGUCGCAUCUGACGCCGCUGCUUCCACAUCUAACGUCGUUGCACCUGACGCCGCAGCUUCUACAUCUGACGUCGUUGCACCUGACGCCGCAGCUUCCACGUCCGACGUUGUUGCUUCUGACAUCGCAACAUCAGUAGAUAACGCUGUGGCAGAUGUUGUAUCUCCCUCCAACGUCGUCGCAUCUGACGCCGCUGCUUCCACAUCUAACGUCGUUGCACCUGACGCCGCAGCUUCUACAUCUGACGUCGUUGCACCUGACGCCGCAGCUUCCACGUCCGACGUUGUUGCUUCUGACAUCGCAACAUCAGUAGAUAACGCUGUGGCAGAUGUUGUAUCUCCCUCCAACGUCGUCGCAUCUGACGCCGCUGCUUCCACAUCUAACGUCGUUGCACCUGACGCCGCAGCUUCUACAUCUGACGUCGUUGCACCUGACGCCGCAGCUUCCACGUCUGACGUCGUUGCUUCUGAUGUCGGUGCAUCAGUUGAUAGCACUGUGCCAGAUGCUGUAUCUGCCUCCAACGUCGUCGCAUCUGACGGCGUAGCUUCUACAUCUGACGUCGUUGCUUCUGAUGCCACUACAUUAGUUGACAAAAUUAUAGCGGCUGCAGUAUCUAUCUUCAAGGACGUUGUACCUAAAUCCGCCGCUGCUGCAUCCAAUGUUGGUGCGUCGGUUGACAACACCGUAGCAGAUAUAUCUCCUGUAGACGUAGCUAUUGUUAAUGGUAGUUCAACUUCAAAUUCCGAUGGUGGAAGUUCAAUGGGAUCCAUUGACGAAGGAAAUAUAAAUGUAGCUAAUUCAGGUAAUGCUUAACCACGCUCCCUGCGAAUUUUGUGUGUAAAUAUUUGAAAUGUCAGGCAAUACAAACUAAAUUAUAAUAGUAAUGAAUGAUAUAUUACGAUGGUCGAACUUUCAAUACAUUCACUCUCGGAUGUUUAUCUUCUACUAUUUGUCAAAUGUAACAUUUGUAGCUUCAAGACUGCAAUGAAUAACAUUUGCGAUUCUGAAGAUUCAUAUCCCAGCGGGCACGUUAAUCAAUAUCUAGUGACAUUACAGCCAAUUUUGAAUAUGUUAUUGAAAACUCAGUAUCAUCAUUAAGCACCUAUACAACUGAUACUUCUUCCGAUAUCAACAACGUAGGACCAUCAUCUGCCAUCAUCGAAGCUGGAUCAACAUCGGGAAAGGAGAACAUUGAUAUUGAUGCCAGUACACCAGUAACUACUACCACCUCUGCCAUAAGUGACCAUGGCAUAUCAUCAGUAUCUAUCAGUGACAAAUAUAUCAGCACUUUCGUUGCCAAUAACUUCGCGACCUCUUACAUGGGUUCCUCGGAUGUAUCAGGAAUCGAAGAUACAUCAACCACAUUACCUUUUACUGUCACACCAAUUUACCUAGUUCCAGACACCAUCAGCCCAAAUCUAAAUCCAUUUAUUUCAAGUGGUCCAACUGAACAAAGCAUUGAAUCUUCAACGGAAUCUUCAGUUACAGAUAUAAUAACAUCGUCAGAUAGUAGUGCAGUUGCUGUUGUUAUAAAUACAAGUACAUCACUGCCAGUAUAUACUAUAGCUGCAUUUGAUUAUACGGACUCAACCACGGUAGCUGAUGUUGUCACGGUCACGGACUCUUUUGGUACUCUUGUAGAUCCUGCAGAAACUUCUAAAUAUGAAGAAGCGUUAUGGUCUGAGAGCUUUGUCAUUGAAGCAUCUACUUCAUCCAGUAAUACUGAUGAUACUUUACAAUCUUUUGCCACUUCAAUCGCAUCACCAGACUCCUAUUUGAAUGGAUAGCACCAGACUAGUUUCACAUUUCAAUUAGAAUUUGCCACUGAAUCCAAUACCAAUUACGUCGGGACUGCCGUGGAAUUCUCUGCACUUUUUACACGAGAUCCCGCACAUGACGGUUCAUCAUCUAACGCAACUCCAAUCGAUUCAACAACUAUGGAAAAUAUGAACUAAACAGGAAUUCCGGUCAACGUAGGCAGUACAGUAGAUAUCAUCGCUGAUGUCUCUGGAUCACCAUCAGGUACUUCAGGGUACAGUACAUCAUCAACUGGCCGUUCAGGAUAGACAGGAUCAAGUGACUCUGAACCUAGAUCAAAGGGCAAUCGACGAAAAACAAAUUCCGGUCGUAAUUAUAAUGAAGCAGGUGGAUUACGAGGACAUAUCAUAUUCAGGCCUACUUUUAAAAUAAGAUAACGCCCAACUGUACAUUUUUUCUGAUUUGAAAAAAUUAUGCAUUUGUUGAACAAUAUGGAUGUAGUGUCUUAUAUUAAUAUUAGAUAUUGAUAGUGCGAACCGUAAUAUAUCAAUUUUAUUGAUUAUGAAUAAAGUAACUAUUUUAGCAUUG